AUGUCUAACAACAACACAUCCACUCUCCAGUCGUACGUCGACUCAGCCACUGGGGCCGUCCAGAGCGCCGUCGGUGCAGUCUUUGGAAACUCCAGCCAGGAGGCUGAGGGCGACGUCAAGCAGAAGAAGGGCCAAGCCGAGUUCGAUGCGUCCCACGCCACUGCCAAGGUCCCAGGCUUUACAGCUUCGUCUUCCGGUGCCGUCACCAAGGACAGCGAGGACCGCACAGCUGGCUCGUGGGCUCAGACAGCCGGGUCUACGAAAGAGUUCGUCGGCGGCGUCAUUGGCUCUGAGAGCCUGAAGCAGUCAGGCCGUGAGCAAAACCUCGCCGGCCAAGAGCAGGAGGCUCGGGGCCAGGUCAACGACUACGCGUCUGGUGUCUCCGACCGCGUAGCAGGCACCCUUGGAGGAGCCUACGCAGGUCUCACUGGCGAUCGCGCGAAGCAACAAGAGAAUCAGGAGCGCCACGAUGUUGGCAAGACCCAACAGCGUGGCGUCGAGCACGACGUCAUCAAGCAGGCCGAGGCCCGCGAAUAG